AUGUCCGGUCUGCGAACACGCAGGUUGCUUGCACUGGGCGCUGUCGUCUUCUCAGGAGUCCUCCUCUUCCACCUCUUCUCCACACGAAACCCCUUCGAGAUCGACCUCCGUCUCAACGAUAUCACUUCCUCCUCCGAUCAACGCCUCACUCUACCAAAUCAUUAUCAACAACAACAACAGCAUCAUGAUGCUCAACGCCCCAGUAUUCCAGAGCCCAUGCCCGACCCAGAGAACGUGCUUAAACAUAUCCAGGAUGGAUCUCGGAAACCACAGGAACCCAUCUUGCCAAAAGAGAUCCCUAAACCAAAGACGACUCUGGAUCCAGAGGUCAAGUACCUCGGGUACCUCAUGUACGGUGGCCUCACCAACCAGUUCAUUGCCUUCCAGAGUGCGGCGUUUGUGGCUCUCAAGCUGAACAGGACACUCAUCCUCCCACCCUUCAUCACCACCAACCACGACGAAGAGGUCGCUGCCCAACGCUGGUCUGAUUUCUUCGACCUCGACCGAUUCACACGCCUCAGUGGCCUCAAAGUCGUCGAGUGGCAUGACAUCCGACCGCUCUCUCCAGAACAUGUCCACAUUGGCAACAAACAGGUCCGGUCCCAUGGACGGAACAACCCUUGGUGGUCGAAGUUGGCCGAGACCUUGACCAUCCAUGUCACCUAUGGGUUUGGCGACUCUGAGAACAUCCAUACGACGGAGCGGAACUUUUUGCGCCAGUUUCUGUUGAUCCCACGCUAUGUGCGCCCACCACGAGCCCAUCGAGCAGCAACAACAGAGGGCGAGGAGGAAGAGGAAGGGGAAGGGGAAGAGUACAUUGAGGAUGGGGUGGGUGUGGGAGACAGCGCCAGCGACUGGGCUCAGAGUGGAACAAAGGCGGCGUCGUCAAAGGAUAACAACAAAAAGGAUGACAUCUUCCUCCUGGAUGACGCUGUGGAACGUUUUGCUGAGUACAAAAGUCAAGUUGUGUUUCUGAGCCACACUUACAAACUCAAGGACCCCCAAAGCCCACGAUCAUGGAGAGAUAUCGGACAAUUUAUGCACUUUAACGAUAAAGUAAUGGACUAUGCCCGCAAGAUCAUUCGUCACCGAGCGCCCGAGGUCAUCUCGGAGACGGAGGGCAAGUACAUUGCUAUGCAUCUGCGUCGAGGCGACAUCUGGAUGAAGUGUCGGACAAAGUCAGCGGAGCAGAUGAUGGAUUGUAUCCCACCUCUGGGACACUACGCCGAGAUGGUCGACCUGGCCAGGAACGCAGAGGGCAAAAGAUUGCCCGUCUUGGUCACCACGGAUUCAAAGUCCGAGGAGGAUUUCUCGACCAUGGCCCGGUUGGGCUGGAAACGACUCAAUCAUGACCUGUACACGACCGAGAAGGUGCUGGGCAUCUUUGGACCUGCCAUGGUGGAUGCAGCCAUUCUUGCGGAGGCGGACUAUAUGGUUGGAACUCAAGUGAGCACGAUGACACGGAUCGCGGCCAGGCGACAGUUAACAUGGCAUGGACACGACCCACUCUAUCCACGCACCACUACCUCCUGGACACCCGAGAACUAG